UGCUGAAUGCGUGUAUCCUUCCGCAGAGCCGGUGUGCCUCCGCCGCAGCACGCGCAUCUGACGGCCCGCUCAAAGCCCAGACUUUAAAUCUUCUGUUUAGAGUUUUCUGUGACUACUCUGUUCCUUUUUAAUCGAAAUAGUUUUAUUUGUCGUGUCUGGUGUGUUUUGAGCGGCGCUGUUUGUGUUUUAUUCGGCUAGUCAUGGCUGACAUCGACAAACUCAACAUAGACAGCAUCAUUCAGCGCCUGCUCGAGGUGAGAGGGUCGAAGCCUGGCAAGAACGUUCAGCUGCAGGAGAACGAGAUCCGUGGAUUGUGUCUGAAAUCCCGCGAGAUCUUCCUCAGCCAGCCCAUCCUCCUGGAGCUGGAAGCACCGCUGAAGGUCUGCGGCGAUAUCCACGGGCAGUACUACGACCUGCUCAGGCUCUUCGAGUACGGAGGAUACCCACCUGAGAGCAACUACCUGUUCCUGGGAGACUAUGUGGACCGAGGGAAGCAGUCUCUGGAGACCAUCUGUCUCCUGCUGGCCUACAAGAUCAAAUACCCUGAGAACUUCUUCCUGUUGAGGGGAAACCACGAGUGUGCCUCCAUCAACCGCAUCUACGGCUUCUACGAUGAGUGCAGGAGACGCUACAACAUCAAGCUCUGGAAGACGUUCACGGACUGCUUCAACUGUCUGCCCAUCGCCGCCAUCGUGGAUGAGAAGAUCUUCUGCUGUCAUGGAGGCUUGUCUCCUGAUCUGCAGUCCAUGGAGCAGAUCAGAAGGAUCAUGAGACCCACAGAUGUCCCGGACCAGGGCCUCCUGUGCGACCUGCUGUGGUCCGACCCAGAUAAGGACGUGCUGGGAUGGGGCGAGAACGACCGAGGCGUGUCCUUCACCUUCGGAGCGGAAGUGGUGGCCAAGUUCCUUCACAAACACGACCUGGAUCUGAUCUGCAGGGCUCACCAGGUGGUGGAGGACGGAUACGAGUUCUUCGCCAAGCGGCAGCUGGUGACUCUGUUCUCAGCACCGAACUACUGCGGAGAGUUCGACAACGCCGGAGCCAUGAUGAGCGUCGACGAGACCCUCAUGUGCUCCUUUCAGAUUUUGAAGCCAGCAGAGAAGAAGAAACCAAACUCCAGUCGUCCAGUGACUCCGCCCAGGAACACGGCCCCCAAACAGGCCAAGAAAUGAUUCCCGCGGGGCCCGGCUGGACUUGUACUU